UUUGUUUUCUCUAGAUUGAUAUUUGAAAAAAAUAUAGAGGAAAUCGAAUUAAAGAAAAAACAACUUUGUUAUUAAAAUAAAUAUUAUAAUACCCAGCAUUCCUAUUUUUUCCACAACUUCCGUUAAGAGAAACACGUGGAUCAAGAUUUACAGACGUUUAUGACAGAAUGCCGAAAUCAAAGAGAGAUAAAAAGAUUUCUUUAACCCAGACAAGGAAGAAAGGAUUAGAACUGAAACAAAAACUAAUAGAAGAGAUAAGAAAUUGUGCAGAAAAAUAUGCCAGAAUUUUCACAUUUUCUGUACAUAAUAUGAGAAAUGUACAGUUAAAGGAAGUUCGAAAUGAUUGGGAAAGUAGCAGGUUUUUCUUUGGUAAAAACAAGGUUAUGUCCCUUGCACUUGGAAGGACACCAGAGGAUGAAUGUAAAGAUGAUAUUCAUAGGCUAAGCAGUCAACUCCAUGGUCAGACAGGCUUGCUGUUUACCAACAAACCCAAAAAAGAAGUUCUAGAAUACUUUGAUAACUAUCGUAAGCCAGACUACGCCAGAUCAGGUAACAUUGCAACACAGACGGUGUUCCUAGAACAGGGACCAAUGCCCGAGUUUUCCCACUCUAUGGAACCUCAGUUGAGACAACUAGGUCUGCCGACAAGUCUUCAGAGAGGUACCGUGACACUGUUACGUGAACACAAAGUCUGUGAUAUAGAUGAUGUCUUGACCCCCGAACAAGCUAGAAUAUUGAAACUUUUUGGUCACAUGAUGGCAGAGUUCCACAUCACAUUAGAAGGCAUGUGGGAGAAAAAUAAAUGGAAAGUGUUAGCUGAUCGUCCUAUACCCAUAGUACCUCCCAAAGUCACUGUCAGACCAAAGAAAAAGAGCGAGGAUGAUGAGGAUGAAGUGGAAAUGGAUGCUUUAGUGGAGGGCGAUGAUACGAUAGAUAGUGAUGACGAAACAUGAACAUUUUAUGUUAUAUUUAUGUGUGUAUUAAAACUGUCCUUGUCAA